UUUUUUUUUGCAAUGAAAACAACAUCACUUCUUUUCAUUUUUAUCUUUCUUUUUUUUUCCAAUUCUAUUUUUCUUUUUCACUUGUUAGUUUAGAUACCCCCCUCUACAAAUUUUUUUUUCUUUCUUAGAAUGGAAUUUCAAACAGCCAAACCACAUAGUAAAAAACGAUAUGUACAUACGAAUCAUCAAUCUUUACGAAAAUGUUGUGGAUGUAUUCAUUUAAGAAUUGGUGGUGUAUUUUCAUGUCUUAUAUGGGCGGGUUUUUCAUUAUAUUUUGCUGUCAUUUCCUUUCAAAGUCAAAGUCCUUUUUAUUCUUAUAUGACACAGGCUCCUCUUCUUGUAUUUGGUGUUUGUAAUCUUGCUUUAUUCUUGAUUUCUUUGGGUGGUUUGUUCACUUUAUUCCUGAAUCUUGCUCAUGCUGUUCAAGUGUUUUCACAUUCAUUAUGGGUAGCUGUAUUUAUUGUGAUCAUAGACGCAUUCAUCAAUAUGAUUUUAUUUGGUACAUUACGAUCAGAGUAUCAAUCUUGGUGUAGUGAUGCAGGCAACAGCAAGAUCCCUUCAUCAGUCAAUUUCCAUGCAACUCAAGAUGUCUUCAAUUGUGAUCGAUUAUGGCAAGAUGAAUUCAAAUUCAGUCUUGUCAGUGUAUUUCUAAUGGUGACUAUUUAUUUAUAUUGGGCUACUUGUAUUUAUUCUUAUAGUCAUAAACUUGCAGCAGUUGAAAUGUGGGAAAGAGGUAUGUUGACAGGUCAAGUAGAAGGCAUUGCACCUUUCUUUCGAGGUUUACCUGCACCAAUGGCUCCUCCUGAUCAACCUAAUGUGAUUGUUUUACAAAAUGAAAAACCUUCUCGACAUAAAAAAAAUGGUGAUUUAUUAUCUUCUUUACGGCCUUGGAAAAAAUCAACAAAAAUGAAGAGUCAUAUAGCUCCUGUUGAAUCAUCAUCAUCUCCACAUCCAUCUGAAUCCAUCAUCACUACACCAUCUCCUACACAAUUACCUACAAGUUAUCCAUUGAAUUUCAAAUUAGGUGUCAAUGGCAAUGUCAUUGAAUUGAAAUAAUAAAAAAAAGCGGUGCUUGAAUAGACUGAUAGACAGACGAUGCUGAUUGGUUAUCAUGGCAUUGUAACUAUGAAUCACCCAUUUAUAUAUCUUUGACGAAUAAGAAAUAAAUAGUUUUCUUUUUUUUUUUU